CAAUAUGUUGAUAUAAGAAAACACAUAGUUAAUUAAUACAUAGUAAUCGUCCAAUAUUAAUUCCAUUCAAUAUAUGCUUGCAAAUACAAUGGCUGUUACUGAACUUAGAGUUUCAUAUCUCCCAAAUUCACUUGCUUGUUGCAAAACAUGGUCUUCAACUUAUCAAUCACACAUCUUAUCGCUACAAAAAUCAAAAUCAAGGAUUAUGUAUCAUAAACUAUCCAUCAAUAAUUCCACUGCUCUCAAUGACAAGUUGACACCUUUACAAACUGAUGAUAAGACCAAAAGUUUGGAUGAAGUAAAAAGAAGAAGCAAAGAGGCAUUGCUAAACUCAAGUGAUCCUAUUGUAACAAUGAAGAUGAUUGACUCGAUCCAAGGGCUAGGAAUUGGUCACCAUUUGAAAGAUGAGAUCAAUGUACAACUUGGUAGGAUAUGUGAUUGGGAUGCUUCAAAAGACCUCUUUGCCACAUCCCUUCAAUUUAGGCUACUAAGGCAUAAUGGAUGGUCUACAUGCUCAGAUGUUUUCAGGAAAUUUUUAGACAAAAGUGGAAAUUUCAAGGAAUCACUAACCAGAGACAUUAAGGGCAUGUUGAGCUUAUAUGAGGCAUCAUAUUUAGGAACAAAAGAUGAAGAAGUAUUAAAGAAAGCAAUGGAAUUUUCAAAGGCUCGUCUAAAUGAUUUAAGGCCAUACCUUAGUCCUGAAGUUAGUAGGAACAUUGGCCAAGCCUUAUCACUUCCAAAGCAUCUAAGAAUGGCAAGGUUAGAAGCUAGAAAUUAUAUGGAAGAAUAUAGCAAAUCAAGUAAUCAAAUACCAGCUCUUUUGGAAUUGGCAAAGUUAGACUCUGACAUGAUUCAGUCACUACAUCAAAAAGAAUUAGCCGAAAUAUGCAGGUGGUGGAAAGACUUGGGACUUACUGAUAAAUUAACUUUUGCAAGAGAUAGACCAGCAGAGUGCUUCUUAUGGACAGUGGGAAUUUUUCCAGAACCAUGUUAUUCAAAUUGCCGUAUUGAACUUACAAAAACCAUUUGCAUUUUGGAUGUUAUUGAUGACAUCUUUGAUAGUUAUGGCACAUUAGAUGAACUUGUUCUUUUCACAAAUGCUAUCAAAAGAUGGGAUCUUGAUGCUAUUGAGCAGCUUCCUGAGUAUAUGAAGAUAUGUUAUAUGGCAUUAUAUAACACCACAAAUGAAAUUGCAUAUAGAAUUCAAAAAGAACAUGGGUUAACUGCUGUUUCUUACUUGAAAAGAACAUGGAUGGACAUGUUUGAUGCAUAUCUUGAAGAAGCAAAAUGGUUCAAUAGUAGAUAUGUGCCAAGUUUUAAGGCAUAUUUGGACAAUGGAGCAAUUUCUGUUGGAUCAUGUAUGGCAAUGAUGCAUGCUACUUUCCUAAUUGGUGAUAUAAAGGAACCCAUUUCCAUGAUGAAAUCAUAUCCUAGACUCUUCAUUUGUUGCGGAGAAAUUCUUCGACUAUGGGAUGACUUAGGAACUUCAACGGAGGAAAAGGAAAGAGGGGAUAAUGCUUCUAGCAUAGACUGCUUGAUGGGAGAGAAUAAUAUUUUGGAUGAAAAUGAAGGAAGGAAACACAUAAGGCUUCUAAUAAGGAACUUGUGGCAAGAACUCAAUGGUCUAGCUAUGACCAAAACCAUACCUUUGUCUAUUGUCAAUGCUUCUCUUAACAUGGCUAGAACUGCUCAAGUUAUUUACCAACAUGGAGAUGAUAAAAGCACUUUUACUGUUGAUGACUCUGUUCAAAAAUUGAUCUUCACAUCAUGAUGAAAAUUUGUCAAUUUGUCUAUAAACAUAACAUGUAUUUUCAAUAAUCAUUAAUGAAAUGUGUAGUUUUCAUUCA